AUGGCGGUGCAGGGAGUAGGUGUGAAGACUAAAUCCGACCCCCGUCGCCCGCCAUUGAACGCUUCUGCCGCCGAUGGAAAUGCCAGGGUCGUCGGUGGUUCCCCUUCUUCCUCGGGUCCUCCGGCUGGUGCUGUGAACCCUGCUUCCCCUGCUGCUGUUGUUACUGCUGCUCCCGGAUCUCCCCCUUCUGCUGCUGCUGCUGCUGCUGCUGCUGCUGCUGCAAAUCCCGGAUCUCCCCCUGCUGCUGCUUCUGACGAUGGUCCCCCUGGUGGUGGUGAUGUCGCUCCCAAUGCUGUUGUCUCUGCUGAGAGAGAUGCUCCUGAGGAAGGAAACGCUGAUCAGUCCCCGAUGGAGAUGAUUAUGUCCCGCGCGAAAGGGAGAGUGUAUGCAACUGAUGCCGCCCGGUUUGACGAGGAGGCGCACGCCAAACCGGAUGUGAAUGAGGAGUUGCAAGUCAAGGCGGAGAGCCAGAAGGCAAUUGCAGGCGUGUAUCAGAAGGAGAACGGACGCCUCGCUGAAGACCUGAAAAGCGCCCUGGUGCUUUUAACGCACCUUGCAAAAACGUGUCAGCAAGUGGACCAGUCGACACUCGACUGGAAGGUAUCGUUUCAUAUGGCUUAA